AUGCUCAAUCGAUCACUUUCCUCUUCAAACCUCCAUGAUCUCCUCAGUAUGGAAGUAGCCCUCAAGCCCUCAGACGGUGACGCCAUCAACAUCAAAGUUCAUCUGCUAUGCAGUCAUAGCUCAGUAUUCAAAGAUAUGUUGACUAUACCUUCAUCAACCACCGACAAGACGGAAGAAGAAACAACCAUCGAGCUAGACAUAAUCGAGGCAGACCUCAAGAUCAUAUUCGACAUGAUGAAUGGAGGUGAAGAUUUCGAAAAGGUAGAACCUAUACAACUUUACAGUCUCAUAGACUUGUGCGAUAAAUACGAUAUGGAUGGACUUCGUGAUCGACUUUUAAUCCGUGUUACUCGUCAUGUACCUUACGAUCCAUGGAGAGCUUUUUGUCUAGCAUCACACUACGAUAUACCUAUCCUUGCUGUUGCUGCUAUACGACAAUUUGGUCUUCAUGAGAAAACGCAACAAAUAACUCUUUGGAAUUUUCCACCUCUUUUAUGUAGUGAGACCGAACCGCGAUAUCUUUCUUCGUUGAUUCAUGGAUUAUACUCUCAGACCGACCAUCGUCGCCCGAAAGAUCUUUUCAGCGUACGUGGUUUCGAAUCGGAAUGA